UAGGCGUGUUGUAGAUAUGGAUGUUAGGGUAAGGACACUAAAAAGAGUUCUUGGAGAGCUUAUUCAUAAGUUUAAGCCUGAACUGUAUCGCGAAGAAGCAAAGCUAAGACACAGGAGAAUCAGUCAUGAUCCAAGCAGCAGUAGUUACUGGUCUGCAACUUUCCACGAGUUAUAUGUAAGCUCAGACAAGUCUGGUGACUCUUCAAGAGACGACCUUCUAUUCUACAUACAAUACGAUAGCAAAAUGAAAAAAGAAGACGUCUUGGUUGUACGUUUCGACACAAAAGCCAUACCAGAAGGUGACAACCCUAAUGUAUUCUGGGACGAAACGCUCUACAUUAAUCUAUUGCUACAUGAGUUUACCUAUUGCUUGACUUGCUGUACGUUAGCAGCUGACUCUAGUUCUGUCCCUCUCUCAGCAAGAGUCAUACAAAGGGUUGAACUGGAUGUAUAUCCAACUCAUUUAAGUAGAAGGAUGGACACAAAGGAAGAAGAAACAGCUACGUGUUAUCCAAACUUAAACUUCAUUAUAGAUAGCUUCCAAGAGCUUUUUGGUCAUCUUACGUUGUCUUCUCCCGGAGAAAAAAUAGCAGUCCAGAUAACAGCUACUAAUCCUUAUUUGGCAGGGAGAAGACCUAUUUUUGUCGGUGGGCUAGACUACAAAGUCCUGAGGGCAUCUUGCGAUCAAAAAGAGGAAGAAAGGAAAGAGAGCGGGUCCCUUUUCCAGACUCUCUUUCGUCGGAAAAGCCUCAAGAAUGUGGACAGGUUUCAUUUCAUUCCUAUGGAGGGUCCAAACGGGAAGGGUCACGCUGAAAUGGCAAUAUGUUCCAUAGACUCUGAGAGUGUUACAAGUGAUGACAUACCCACACCAUUGGAGCCCAGUCUACCAGUAGACACCAAUCAACCAUUGGGUACAAGUACACCAGUAGACACCAGUCAGCCAUUGGAGCCCAGCACACCUUUAUCGCCAACCAGUCCUAUUUUUAGUGUUCAUACAUCGAAUGAGAAUCUCAUUGGAUCUGAUCCAAAGACAAAACAAUCAUCUACAAAGAAGAAGGGAAAGAGGUAUCAGCCAAAAGAGGGCCAAGCUCCCAUUCACACUUAUCUGACAUUUGUACAGCUACCAUGGUAUUCAGUGAUUGAAGAUAUACUAAAAUCUGAUAAAGAGCCUGUAUUGUGACAGUGGUAUAGCCUGAAGCACUUUCUCGACGUUACUAUUUUUAUUUCUUUAAAAUUGAUAUUUUUAUGUCAAGUGGUAUUAUUUAAUUAUUGUGAUUAAUUAUAA